AUGGCUCUCUCCUCUAUCAUCUCAAAGCCUACACAAUCUGACUCUGAGAACUGCUUACGGGACAUCCCAACGCAUGUGCUCAAGCGCCUCACUCCAAAGUCUAGAGCAUGCGUCGAGCGUCUGAAGACAUGUCAAUUAGAUAGACCUGACCUCUCUCGACAACCAACCUCCAAACUCGCAGCUGUUCUUGUUCUACUAUAUGAGCAGGCUGGAGAGCUCAGAGUGUUGUUAACGACACGGUCCAAGUCACUGCGUGCACAUCCAGGACAGACAGCGUUACCUGGCGGGAAAGCAGACGAAGGAGAUGAGAGUUUAGUUUGGACUGCUCUUCGCGAAGCAAAUGAAGAAGUCGGUCUUCCUCUUCCGCCCAUAUCGUCAAAUAUACAUUUUAUUACGACACUCCCGCCUUUUCUCUCUGCAUCGCAGUUGUUGGUGACGCCUGUCGUUGUGCUUUUAUCUUGGCCGGCUCCACUCGUCCCUUUGUCAUUCCCCAACAUACCACCCAACUCUUCUUCCCACCCAAUCCUCACUUCCCUAACUCCCUCACUCACAGAAGUCGACAGGAUAUUCGAUCAUCCACUCGAAGCGAUGCUGGACCCCCGUCUCUUGUUGAACAAGGGAGAAUCGCUAGUGGAUGUGGGAGAGGACUGGCCAUAUGGUGCUGGGGAUGUAUAUAACCCGUCCGACGUUCGCCUGGACGCAUUCGAUGGACUCAUAUAUAGGAUGCACCGGUUCAGAACAUGCGCAUCUCCUAUCAAGGGGCUUACAGCUGAUAUCUUGAUAUCCGUCGCUGAACUCGCAUACGGACGCAAGCCCGUCUACGGCCGAUACCCAUCCGAUUCAGGUUCUGGGUCAUCACCCGAAGAUACGGACUUGGAAGGGGAGACAUAUCGGGCGUUGGUGAGGAGACGCAUGGAAGAGAACGAGAGGGCUUUUGCGGUUGCUGUUGAGGAAGGCGAGCAAGCACGAUUGACUGGAAAGGUGGAUGGGGGCAUUAGGGCUAAUGGGAGCGCAUUUCUGGCAGGUGCAUGA